CCGUAGGGGAAGAGAGAGAGAGAGAGUUGGAAAAGGGAGAGACCGUGAGGGGCGUUCGGGUGUAGGGGCGGCCAUUUCCACUGAAAACAGCCAGUCGGCUGCCAACCUGCCUUGAGGGUUGUUGGAUCUUGUUUCGACGGACAGAAACAGGGAGAAAAAUAGAAAACGAAAAAUUCUAUAUUUUUCCUGCGUCGAAAUUUUAUUCCACUCGGGGAAGCUUAGAAACGAUCGUGUCAAGGACAGCAGUGCAGGAGCUACUCUGUGUUCUGCCUGGAAAACUUGUUUCCUAUUGUGGUCUCCAUGGUGAUGUUUCCGUACGGACGUCAGUGUGCUGUGGUGGUGUUGGUGGCCUCUGAUUCCGAUCUAGGAUAGGCAGAAAGAGAGGGAGAGAGAGAGAGAAAGAAAAGUAGUAAUAGUUGGUGUUCAGUUGGUAGUCCGUUUUGGACGAUUGUUUGCAACCCGCCAAGUUGUCGGUACGGUUGGCUGCCUGUACGUUUCGGGAGAGCCAAAGAGAGUUAGAAAGUGACCUUUUUUACACUCUAAAAUUCAUGGAAAGUGAAAACGACAGAAGAAACAACAACAACAAAAAAGCAAACGGCGCUUUCUAGUGUAAAUUCGAAAGAGAAAAGAUUUUUUUUCCCCCAAUUCUCUUAACUUUUUUUUUUUUUUUUUGAAAACCAUUCUAGUGGAAACCAGCUCUGACCGUGUCGGCCUCUCUCUCUCUCUCUUUCUCGUCGUCAAGUGCAUUCGAUGGGAAUAGAGUCGUAGAGUUGGUUUUUUUGUUUUGUUUUAUGAGCGAAAAUCAGCUUAGCAGUUACACAAGUGUGUGUGUGUGUGUGUGUGUGUGUGGUAUCUCCUUCCGAGAUAGAGAUAUACUUUACUGAAAAAUAUAUCAGAUAACUUCGUGAAACGUUGACGUUUCUUUGUGUCGUGUGUGUAUGUGCCGUUGUGUAAUCAUUUCCGCUCAGGGGAACAAACAAUGGAGACGAGUAGGUAUCGCAGUAAUCGCUCGGGCGGAAUCCUCGGCCAGCAGAGCGCAAGCGCAAGUGCUGCUAGCACGGCUAGUAGCAACAAUUCGGCCAGUUCAACCGCCUCUACUGGGGUGUCUAUAACUUGGACGAGAAGUUGCCAGGCGACGUGCAGUAAGCAGCCUUGCUUGAGCUGCGCAGGUAAUCCGCUGUCAACGUCGAAUAUUCAAAGUAGUGCUCCAGCCGCCGCAGCAGCAGCCGCAGUAGCAGCCGCUGCAUCCGCAGCUGAAACGGAGCAUCGUAUUUAUUUGCGCAGCCACCGACAGCGACGCAAUCAACAGCUGCUGCAAAUCCAACAACAACAGCAGCAGCAGCAGGUCGCCAAUUUAACUCUGCGUCCAUGGACGCGAUCCCGUGCGCAGCAGGUGCUGCACCAUUAUCAGCUUGAGCAACUCCACCCUUCUCAUACCGGUGUCGUUUACUUGACUAACCCCAGCGAGAGGGCUGCCAGCAAAACGGGCAUACCUUUGGUUCAGCAAUUACCGCCACCACCAUUACCACAACAGCAGCAGCAGCAACAACAACAACAACACCAUCAACAGCAACAACAGCAGAACGUCAGAUUGGCCUUGGCCGCUGUCACCAGAGCCUCAUCAUUGCCUACGGGUGUGGACAGGCGUCGUGUGACGCGUGGGAUGACAAUGGGUCAGAAGGUUUCUGGCGGUGUUAAAGGUCUCAGCGGUCGGGAAGGCAGUCACUCGUCGCUGGGCGGAGCUAAACCAUCCAAUUCUCGGCAUGAAAUGCCACACGAUUUUACAAAACCUUCGCGGCUCGAGGCACUGCUCGACAUGCCACCAACUUCCAGGGAAGUGGAAUUGAAACAUGCAUGGAACGCAGACGAUCGGUCUCUCAACAUUUUUGUCAAGGAGGAGGAUCCAUUGACGUUCCAUCGACAUCCAGUAGCUCAGAGUACAGAUUGCAUCCGCGGCCGUGUCGGUUUUACCCGCGGCCUCCACGUCUGGGAGCUCAAUUGGUCAACUCGCCAGCGCGGCACUCACGCAGUUGUCGGUGUCGCUACCCUUACAGCACCGCUCCACUCUGUCGGCUAUCAGAGUUUGGUGGGCAGCAAUGACCAGUCAUGGGGCUGGGACCUUGGCCGCAACAAACUUUAUCACGACUCGAAAAAUCAAGCUGGCACCACGUACCCGGCCAUCCUCAAGUCGGAUGAAAAUUUCACCGUCCCAGAUUCGUUUUACGUCGUUUUGGACAUGGAUGAGGGAACAUUGGCCUUUGUUGUGGAUGGGCAGUACUUGGGCGUGGCCUUCCGAGGUCUUAAAGGCAAGAAACUUUAUCCGAUCGUCAGCGCCGUCUGGGGGCAUUGUGAAAUCACCAUGAAAUACAUUGGAGGACUCGAUCCCGAACCAUUGACGUUGACGGACUUAUGUAGGCGGGUAGUGCGCCAAACAGUGGGAAAACAGCGACUUGAGAGGCUAGACGAGCUCAAUUUACCACCGGCUCUCAAGAGCUACCUGCUCUACCAACACCGGCGAUGAUCCGUCUUAGCGCAGAAAUGAAAAUGGAAAAAAAAAAAAAAAGUUCAUCAACUUUGAAAACAAAAAAUAGAGAUAAACACAUUUUUUUAUGAAAAGAAAAAAAAAGGGGCCCAUCCAAGAGUACAGAAAAAGAUUUUUUUUAUGAGCUCUUGAAAUGGCCGACGAUUUCCAAUCUCACUUGACACAUCAGAGGAAUAUAGAUCCUGAAAGACAACAGAAAAUGAAAGGAAACUCUUCACCAAAAUCUUGUUUUUAGAAACGAAGAAGAAAAAAACAAA